CCGGUUCUCCAGAUAGGAAUAUCAGAAAGGUAAGAAAAUUUGAUACACAAUUAGCCACUGAAAGUAACCAGGUUGGAGAAAAUCACCAGCUAUAUCGGAUUCCAACUCUCCUACAGACAUUGUAACUGGUUCAACUACCAUGGUUUUGAAUAUAAGUUCGGUCUGUAACGUUCUGCCUUGUCCUUUACAUCCUCUCCCUAGAUACCUAGGCAGUCGGGAAAAUAAAACCAUAAUGUUCAAGAGAUGGUGGACAGUUCUCAAUCACUGAAUCUAAACAGGGAAGCAGGAGGUGCAUUCAUUACCUCUAAGAUCAAUGAAAUUUUUAUAUUUAGAGAGCUAGCAAGGUAUUUAUUUCUUCACAAUGUGGACUGCGGCAGAACACAAUGUUACGGUAAAGUGAAAGUAAGAAAUAAAUAUUGUAGCGAAGUUCAAUGAAAUCCAACAGGAUCAAUACAAAGUUCCACACAAUAAAAUACUCCCUCUGUUUUUAAAUGUAGGUAGUUUUAGCAAAAAGAGUUUGUUUCACAAUAUAAGUAGUUUACAUAUUUCAAUGCACCUUUUUCAUUUAUUGGAUAUUGUGUGACCAAUAAAAUAAUAUUAAGUUUUUUAUAAUUGGUUAAAUUAAUUGAUUAAAUGAUAUAUUUUUUUAGAUAAUAACUUUCUAAAUAUUUGUGCUUUUAAGUAAAACUACUUAUAAUUAAAAACAGAGGGAGUAUACAAUUUCAUGUGUGUUGAGAGAGUUGCAUUUAUAUACAUAUCAUCAUCAUCAUCAUCAUCAUCAUCAAAUGUUAAUGGAAUUUAACAAACAUAAAAUAAAGUUAAGAGUCCUAUUUUCAACUAUAGGAUGUUUGUAAUGGUAAUGGCUCUACCCAAUGAGGGUUUGUUUAAACAGGAGCUUCUUGUUGUUGCCUCCUAUUAAGAGACUCAAACUGUGUUAUAAGCGGCCUCCAUUUCUCUUCAAACAUGUUCAACAAAAACUCAGCCAUACUAUGCACAUCAUGCCCCCACAGGGUUAUACAGCAUCGCAUUGUUAAAAGUAAGUCUCACGUCUUCAGCAAACUUCAAGGGUGACGUGUAACAACUCUUACUCAACUUACUCUUCACUGUCCCCAAAUCCAUAUUAACGAUAGUGUGGUAAGGUAAUCAUGUAAACCAGCUUAGCCCCAUCCACUGGCGUGUUGAAAAUCCAUCCGAGCUUAUGUUUCAUCAGCAAAACUGUUGCAGUUCUUUAGAAUCUGGACUGUACCUUUGUUUACUGUUUUCAGCUUCUUGUCAGGCACUGGAGUCUCCGCGAGCUCGAGACCAAAGCCUCCGACGAUAUUUUUAGCUCGCUUGAUCAAGCUUCUAACUUUUUCAAGCUCAAAUAUUAGUUUCCGCUUCAAGUUCCUGACUUCAAGCUCCGUAAAUGAGCUCAGGCUUAUCGUCGUCAUCUGGUGAUGAUUAUUCUCUUGACCCAAGCGAACUCAACGGCCUGUCCUGCCUCGCCGACAUGGUGGGCUUGGGUCGUUUUCGGCUUUUGAUGUCAGUGUCGCUCUGUUUAUACUUCGCCUUGGAAACUUCACUGUCAUGUUGACUAAUUCUCUGAAGUCUGAACGGAUAACAAAGUCCUACGAAGCAACUGUGAGGAGUCGCGAGAAUAGCAUAGACAGAGACACACGCGCUCUAAACUUUCGUCCACGUGUGUAAAGUAAAGUGUGAAUAAUGCAAUAACGCUUACGUGUCUCGGAUAAAUAACAAACCGGAACUAACUGGAAAGAAAAAUCAGAUGCUUGUCCCCGGUUUAUUCAUAAACUAGUAUUAAUCCCGUGCGUCUACGCACGGAGAAGUUUUUGGUUGCAUUUAUAUUGUUUUAUUUUGAUAAACUUCUAGUGUUCUGUUUUAUUUUAUCAAAACUAAAUAUUAUUUUAGUCAUAUUUUUGAGCUGGAUAAAAUGUAAACCUAAAUUAGACGUGAAAAAGAACAAAAAUAUACUUGUUACAUUGAAACAAAACAGUUAGAAAGGCAAACCAAUUAUUAUAAGUUUUUACAAAAAGAGAUACAUGUUUGGAAGCAACUUUUGUAGAAAAUGAUAAUUUGUAAAUACCAAAACAUAAUAAUAUAAUUACUAUUUUACAAAAAAUAAUAAUAUAAUUACUACAUUUGAUACAACAUUUUUUGUAUUUGAUUUGUAUAUAAGUCUUCUUUAAAAUAUAAGUAUAUUUAUUUUUUAUUAUAAUAAAAAUAAAGUGAAACUAAAAUAAAAUAUAAAACAUUAGACUUUUAUUCAAACUAUUCUUUCAAAGGUUUUGAAAUCGUAAGCCUUGUACAAAGAUAAAUGCCUAACUAAAUAUAAAAAAAAAAGAACACAUUUAGGAUUUUCUGGUUGAACUUGUAUUUUGUUAUUCUUCUCCAUCGCAUUUUUCUGCAGUCAUCACUUAUCACUAACCUAGAAGUUCAAGGUUAAGACAAACCAUAUAUAAAAUCUCCACUUUCUGUAUAAUAGACUCAUAAUUACACAUUUGUAAAAUAGUAGUUGAAUAUGUUCUAUUAUAAGAAAAGAUAUUUGUAAAAAAAGUAGACCAUAAUAAAUCAGUUUGUCAAUACUCAAUAAGUCAAUAUGCAUAUAGAAGAUUGAUAUUAGAAGAUAUACGUAUUGUUACCUAAAUUGCUGACGAAACCCUUGAGUUUUCCUUUCUUGUUUGAAGAAUGCUUUGAAGCUCGAGUAAAUUCAAGUACCAUCUUCAAACUGAAUCAUAAAGAAUUAAAAAGAAUGAGAGAGCUUUAGUUGUAAAUGGAAGAAAAUUAAAGUUUGAAAGGCAAAACAUAAACUUGUAUAUAAAUUUUCUACUAUCCUCAAACACAGAGAAAAAAAUGAAGAAAGGAUGGUAAAGAAAGCAGACACACUUUGAAACCGUGAUAUGGUUUUCGAUUAUAAACGACACAAUUUUUUUUUUGGAAUUUGAAAGUGAUGAUAGUGGCUUGACCGUAGGAGAAAAUUUAGGGAUUCAAUUUUUUUUUUCAGUUUCAAAAAAAUGAAAUUUAGAAAUUAUUUUUAAUUAAUUUUAUUUUCUGAAAACAAAAACAUGUGUCAGAUUUUUAUUGGCCAAUUGACUUGUACUUUAGUAUAUAAAGAAUCCCAGUUUAUUUAAAGAGAUUUGACUUUUAUUUUCUUAAUUGAUUAUUAUUUUAUUACAAAAUAAAAACUAUUAUGUAGACAAUUUUUUACAAAUGAUAUUUUAUUUAGGUUACCAAAAUUUAUGUCUAACGAUUCUAUGUAUUCACUAUUUUAAAUCGCUUUUUUUUUUUAAAGAUUUAAUAAAUCAUUUUUUAACUCAAAAUCUAUGUACGUAUUGUAAAAGCAUUAACUGCACAUUUAGUUAAACCAUUAAACUGCUUUCAACCCAUGGACUUAACACACAAAGAGAUUUGACUUAUAAGAAAUCAUAUAAAAGUAGCUAAGCCAUGUGCAAUUCCAUGGAAACUCGAACUCUGAAAUUAAAUUCGAGAAAGAUCCGAAUUUUAAGCAAAGAAUCAUCUUUAAUACGUGCAAUCAGAUUUACACACACACACAACAACAAUAACAAAAAAGAGUAAACCAAGAAAAUGGCUUUCAAGAAUCAUUCUUCAAGAACAGUUUAUACAUCUUCUUCACUUCCUUUCAGAUUCACAACAACCAUUAUAUUACUACUCAUCUUCUGUACUUCUUACUACAUCUUCUCACAGUUAGAUCACUCUCCGUUGACUUCUUCGACGGAAAAUCCUCCCUUCGCUGGAGAUCUUCGAGACCUAACAUCCCCUUGGAACAAACUCUCUUUCGGACCAAUCUCCGAGAAGCUAAAACUCGCUGUCUUCUGCAAAUCAUGGCCCGUUGGUUCGAUCCCUGGAGGCAUGGAGCGUCACGCAUACACUCUCUACACUUCUCUUGCCUCAAGAGGCCACGAGGUUCACGUCUUCACGGUUUCUUCCGACAGAAGUAACCGUUAUGAAAACCAAGAAGAGUAUUACAACAAAGGAGAUCUACACAUCUACUUUGCCCCAAACGAAAACGGUGCACUUAACAUCUCUCAUGCCUUCGAGAUCUUCCACAGAAUCAACGGUGUAGAUCAUCCUUUCGACUAUGUUCACACGGAGAGCGUUGCUCUUCCUCAUUGGCGAGUCAAGAUGGUGCCUAAAGGUGACGUGGCUGUGACAUGGCAUGGCAUUUGGUACGAGAUUAUGCAUUCUAAGCUUUUUGAAGAGCUUUAUUACUCGAAUGAGCAUCCUAUCUCCGAUCUUGAUCACACAAUGCCUAGACUCGUCGAUGAAAUCAGAUUCUUCCCGGCUUAUAAACAGCACAUUUGCAUAAGCAACAGCGCGCGUGAGGUUCUUGUUAACAUCUACCAGCUUCCUAAGAGAAACGUUCAUGUGAUAGUCAACGGCGUUGACCAGACUAAGUUCGUGUACUCCCCUGAAGCUGGAGCUAGGUUUAGGGCGAAACACGGUGUUCCGGAAGGUAAUGGGACAGUUAUUGUGAUGGGUGUGUCUGGACGUUUGGUGAGAGACAAAGGACAUCCACUUCUGUACGAAGCGUUUGCUUUGAUCGCUAAAACGCACCCUCAAGUGUACCUCCUUGUGGCUGGAUCUGGUCCUUGGGGGAAAAGAUACGCGGAGCUUGGUGAACACGUUAGGGUUCUGGGGUCUUUAGAGCCUGAAGAGCUCUCUGGUUUCUACAACGCUUUGGAUGUGUUUGUGAAUCCAACGUUGAGACCUCAAGGGCUCGACUUGACGAUCAUUGAGGCAAUGCAGUGUGGGAAACCUGUUGUGGCGCCGAACUACCCGAGCAUUGUUGGGACGGUGGUUGUGGACGAGCGUUUUGGGUAUACGUUUUCUCCAAACGUGAGGUCUCUUGUUGAGACGUUGGACUCUGUUGUAAGUGAUGGGUCUAGGGUUUUGGAGAUGAAGGGGAAAGCUUGUAAGGAUUAUGCUAUUUCAAUGUUUACAGCUACUCAGAUGGCUUCAGCUUAUGAGAGAUUCUUUAUGUGUAUGACUAAUGAGAGGUUUUGUAGGUACCCUCUUCCUAUAGACAGUUGAUUUUUUUUCAAUGAUUUUGUAAGUUACUUUGAUUCAUAUGUUUUGUAACAAGAUACGUGAUCUCUUGUAUUACACAGUUUCAUACUCUUUAUUUACACAAUACACACACCUGCAAGUUUUAGUGGAUCUAGUAACGAAAUUAUAAGCGUUUAUUUAUUUGGAUUAAUCAACUUAAUACUCCCUCCGUUUCAAAAUAGAUAAUGUUUUAGAGAGUUUUUGAUGUUUCAAAAUAGAUGAUGUUUUCUUAUAUCAAUGCACUUUUUUACUUUAUCAAAAACUGUGUAACCAAUGA